GUUCUGCGAUGGUCGCAUGCCUAUACCCGCCCUUAUUCGCGCUCCAAAUUCAAAAGUGUUCCUUUGUGUGAAUACGUGUGGUUUGACAUUAAAUUUAGUUCUUUUUUUUAAAUAGUGUUGAUGUGUGUGUGUUUUUUUUAAAGUGAUUGUGGAUUGUAUUUUUUUUCGUAAAGGAGGUAACAACAAUGGAAAUGAUUUCACCGGAACCACACAUCAACGCUCUUCUACAAGUAAACGGAACCUGAGAAAAAAAAUGUGAAACAUGAAACUAGAAAUCGUUUUGGAACCUGACAAUUUUACUUUUGACAUCGCAGAUUUGUCUACAUCAAUGUAUCUGACGGAUAUAUACGUUAACAAGACUUUGGAAGUUAAUGAGACGACCAACGACUUGGUGUACUCAAACCAGUUUGAGGAUGAUCCCCUAAUAGUGUUUUUAGUGAUACUAAAAUGUUUGAUAAUGCUCUUUAUAAUACUGGCUGCGAUAUUUGGAAAUCUGCUCGUGAUAGUAUCGGUGAUGAGACACAGAAAACUGAGAGUGAUCACGAACUAUUUCGUCGUAUCUUUAGCCCUGGCUGACAUGCUUGUGGCGAUAUGGGCGAUGUGUUUCAACUUCAGCGUGGAAAUCACAAACGGAGAAUGGUUGUUUGGCUACUUCAUGUGCGAUGUUUGGAACUCCUUGGACGUGUAUUUUUCUUCGGCGUCCAUUCUCCAUCUAUGCUGUAUCAGCGUCGACAGAUACUACGCCAUCGUCCAGCCUUUGGACUACCCCCUGAUAAUGACGACAGCAAAAUUGGGGAUUAUGUUGGCAGUCGUCUGGUGCAGUCCAGCUUUAGUCUCCUUUCUCCCAAUUUUCAUGGGUUGGUACACAACCGAAGAUCAUUUGAACUUUAGGAAGCGUUUCCCAAAUGUGUGCAGUUUUACUGUGAAUAAGGUGUAUGCUGUGGUGUCGAGUAGUGUUAGUUUUUGGAUACCGGGAGUCAUCAUGCUGUAUAUGUACUACAGGAUCUAUUUGGAAGCUGAGAGGCAGGAGAGGAUGUUGUACAGGAGUAAAGUAGCAGCCUUACUUCUGGACAAACAUCUGCAAAUCAACGGCAUCUCAAUGGGCGAGGUGAUGAGAGAGAGACAGAGCAUACAGAUGCAGCCUAUGGCAAGCAGUAAGAUGAAAAGAGAGAGAAAAGCUGCAAGGACUCUCGGCAUCAUCAUGUCAGCUUUCUUGGCGUGUUGGCUACCUUUCUUUUUAUGGUACAUAAUAACAGCGCUAUGUGGGGAUGCCUGUCCCUCCCCACCGCCGGUGGUAGCCGCUGUAUUUUGGGUGGGCUACUUCAAUUCUGCACUGAACCCCCUCAUCUACGCAUACUUCAACAGGGACUUCAGAGCUGCGUUUAGGAAGACCCUGGACUCUUGCUGCAGGUCUCUCUGCGGCGACAUCGCACGUCGCUACUGUUGCCAGCGACAACGUCGCGAGCAACAUCACUCCAACGCAUCCUCAGACAUCCACAUGAACAACUGCGUCAAAUCAACAUCCGCAGACGUCCUACGAGCUCAUCAUGCAUCCUGCUCCAGACCUGAAGAUAUAGUCUUUGGCACGUAAAAGGUUGUAGGAAUAUAUACUCUAAGUUUAGUAAACUAAGGUCGUUUUUUAGUUGUGUGUUUUUUGUUUUGUGUGUGUAGUUAGUGAGAUUUUUUUUGUUUGAACUUUGAAUCAAGUUGUGUAAGGUUGAGUUUUGAAUGUGGUGUUUUUGCCGAUGAUAGUUUAGGUACUAAGGAUAUUUCUUUACAUUAAAAUUGUACCUAUUUUUUUUUAAUAUCAGUACCGUAAAACGGGGUGAAUAGAAUUCGAGGGGUGAAUAGAUACAGAAGAGUGGUGGAAAAUGUUCUAACAUCUAUUCACCCCAUUCCUGUAUCUAUUCACCCUUUGAAUUCUAUUCACCCCGUUUUACAUUAAAAAUAAAAUGCUCUUGAAUAGAAAAUAUGUUUAUUCGUUAAAUAAAACAAAGAUACUUUCCAACUAGAUGUGGUUGUGAAAACACUACAUAGAUUAGUGCGGUUGUGAAAAGAAAAUUAUUAUUUCAAUAGUUUCUUUAAUAGACUACUUAUUUUUGUUGACUAGUAUUAUAGUAAAAACCAAAGAAAAAAAUGUAUUAUUUAUAGCAUUAAAAUGAGCAGAAAACGCUUAAAACUUAGAUGUAUUAAAUGUAAAAUGGUUUUAAACCAAUUUGUAGGAUGUCAAUGUGUCUAUGUGUGCCCUAAAAAGGUUUAAUUAGGUAAUUGAUAAGUAAUAUAUACUUGUACAGAACAUUAAUAUAUGUGACAUGUAAAACACCAAUGAGUUUAGGGUAAUUUCGUGUAAGCAAUAUUCGUUGUUUAUUUAAAUAAAUGAUUUUGAGGUUAGAAAUCAUGUUUAAUAAUGUGUGCCAUUUCUAGUAUAUCAUUGACUUUGGUAUAUCUUUGAUUAAAAUGAAAUAAAAGUACAGUCACAU